CUAUGCUCUAGUGCAAUAAUGCUAUAUGUAUUUUCUGCAUGAAGUAAUUAGGUCCACUCAUUUGGCACAUUGCUAAGUAAUCAAUAAUUCAUUAGCUCUCAACUAAUCAAUACUUCCUUCGUUCCACGGUAACUGUCGCUUUAAAGAAAUAUUUUUGUUUCAUGUUAUCUGUCAUUUCAUUAAAUGCAUUUUUUUUCUUCCUGUUUUACCCUUAUUAACAUUCGUCGUAUUGUUACAAGGUUCUACGCAUCCGAGGUUGUGGUAGCCCUCGAAUACCUACACAUGAUGGGCAUCGUGUACCGCGAUCUCAAGCCCGAAAACGUCCUAGUCCGAUCCGACGGGCACAUAAUGCUCACCGAUUUCGACCUCUCCCUAAGGUGCGACGACUCCACAUCCACCCCCGCGCAGGUGAUCCCGGCCCAGAACCAUACACCGGCCCCACCCCAGAGCGAGUACGCAAUGGACCCACCCAAAUUCGGCGCCACAUCAUGCAUCCUCCCAAAUUGCAUCGUACCCUCCGUCUCGUGCUUCAACCCUAUGCGCAGGCGCAAGAAGAAAGCCCUGGCCGGCCGCCAUGUGGGCCCCUCGUUCGUGGCGGAGCCGAUCGACGUCCGGUCGAUGUCGUUCGUCGGGACCCACGAGUACCUUGCCCCCGAGAUAGUCUCGGGGGAAGGGCACGGGAGCGCGGUCGACUGGUGGACGUUGGGAAUAUUCCUUUUCGAGCUCUUCUACGGCGUGACGCCGUUCCGGGGCAUGGACCACGAGGUAACCCUAGCGAACAUAAUGGCGCGGGCGCUCGAGUUCCCGAAGGAGCCGGUGGUCCCCGCAUCGGCCAAGGACUUGAUAACGCUGCUGCUCGCAAAGGACCCUUGCCGGAGAUUGGGAUCGACGAUGGGCGCUUCGGCUAUUAAGCACCACCAAUUUUUCGGAGGGGUAAAUUGGGCACUCUUGAGAUGUACAACACCACCUUUUGUUCCUCCUAUUUUCACUAGAGAUGUUCUCUCUGAUGAGAGCUGCCCUUGAUACCCCUGUCGAAUAUUACUAGUGGAAUAUAAUAUAUAUUUUAGUAAAACAAAUAAAUUAAUAUUGUAAA